AUUCUAGAAAACUUGUCAUGCGCACUUGGCAUUUCACCUGAUAUUGACACGCUGUCAGUGUUUUGAUAUUUCUUUCAAGUCGAGAAAAUACUUCUUUUCCAUUAUGACAAACGUUUACUCAUUUGAUGGUCUGCUGGUGUUUGGACUUUUGGUCAUUUGUACUUGUGCUUAUAUGAGCCGAGUCCCUCGUCUAAAGAAUUGGUUUCUCUCAGAGAAGAAGGGUGUUUUUGGAAUCUUCUAUAAAGCAUCAGUGAUUGGCAUACGGCUUCAUAUACCUGUUGCACUGAGUUGUGUAAUGAUGGGUAUAUACAUUCUACUUUUGAAGUAACAGAUACAGAUACAUGCACACAAAUGGAAAAUAUUUUAAUUUAAUUCAUUUUAUGAAGUGGAAUGUAUACAAUCCAAACCAGAAUUACUGUCGGCAGAUUGUACAGAAAUUUCAUAAAUCAUGCAAAAACAGAUUACAGCCUCUUUGAAAUAUUAACUAAGAAACAAAUCAACAAUCCAAAAUCUGUGAUAGUUAAAGGAUGGGAUCCUUUCAAAACUCACUUGUUAUAGAAAUUUUAGAUGGGGUUACAGUUGAAUAUUUAUCCUCACUUGUUAUAUACAUGCACACACAUAUGUAAGGUACAAUGGCUGUUUGAUUCCUGAUUGUAUGAUCACAUCUUACAAUAACAAUUAUGUUGAUCCAGUCUGCUUGACUGAUAAAAUAAAGGUUCUGUUUCUAUUUAUAUUUUACCACCCUACCUUUGUGAAUAUAAAAAUAUUGAUGUAAAAGAGUAUAAAUUGAUAUAUAUAUAUAUAUAUGUGUGUAUAUAUAUAUAUAUAUAUAUUUAUAUAGCCAUUUUCUUUGCCAAAAAAUGUGAAGUGAUAUUUGGCUAUUGUGAAUACUAACCACUCAGCUGUUGAUUUGGAAUGGAACCAGUUGAUGGGUCAAGUACCUAGUUUAUGUGGCUGCAGUAACAUACAAGCCUUUUGCCUUACUGGCCAUGGAAUUUAUAGAACAUGCUAUAUAUAUAUCACCUGUUUCCACCUUAAAUAUUGUAAUAAUGUGGUAGAAUAUUUGAAAACCAACCUUUAACAUUACACUUCAAAUAGAUUGUAUAUGGUAAUUGUUAGCAGAUAAUUAACAAUUAUGUCUAACAGCUGUAUUCUGGCAUUUAAAAGUAGUUGCUGCAGCAGAGAAAACUGAUGAAACGAUUGGCUAUGACAAUUUUUGAUGUGUAGGUUUUAUAUCAGUGGUGUAAUCUGCCCUGCAUAAGAAUCUCACGUUGUUCUAUAUCUGAGGGUCCAUUUUCCAAUAUUGAAAAUGUCUGGCUUAAAAAAAAAUCUAUAUUACUGACCAAUGAAUGGUAACUGUACAUAUUUUUUUUGGUCCUUUAUUUUGAAAAUUACAUAUCUAUGGAGUAAAUAAAAAUAAACUUAAAA